AUGACCGCCAAAGCGCAAGCUAUGGCGCGUGGACAUCCUCGGAAUGCAGCAACGAGACGGCAGGGAGCUAGACGCAAGAACGAUGGCACCUCGUACAAGUCAAUUCUGAAGACUAUGCCAACUUUGUCAACGUCGUCGUCUCUGGUCCAUUUGUUUGACACUCAUCCGGGCAGCCGUACUACCAUCAGGAAAAGAGCCGAAAGAAAGAGGUCGUUGACGCAAACCAUAUCGUUUUCUCCUAAAUUUAUUAGGAAUAAUGCGAUGGAAUACUUUGACCAAACCUGGAGACAAACCCUUAGUGCUUGGGAGUCCCUUCUCCGUAAGACAAUGAUUCCACCCAAAGUGCCGGUCACAAACCUCAACGUAUCUACGGCGGUCAACGCUCUAAACAACGUAAUAUCCGGCAGAGAAGGCGAAUUCUUACCGUCCGGAUUCGGCUAUGUGCAGCUGUCGAGAUUCCUCGGUGCACUGGAAGGCAGAGUCAAAGCCGAUAGAAAAGUUGGACUAAUCCCGUCGAUCAGUGGCCGUGUCAACUCUAGCCUGGCAAUCGACAUCUAUCUCGGAGCCCAAGGUGCGGGUCCCGCAGCUCUGUCAACAAGGAGCAAGAUAUCGGAGUGCAAGCGGAUCGGCGGGCGCUGGGAAGAGCUUGUAGGGCCGUCGGUAUUCCUGUUAGCAAUCUACUCAAACGUGGCCGAGACAUUUGUAAAAGACCACAGCAAGACAGACAACUCUACAUUCAAGGUGUUGGCUUCUGCAGCCAUCGACUGCGUCCCUGCAAGACUACUGAGGGUGUGUGUUCAUCUGUCUACGACUGUUGAGGAUAGGAUUAGAUCUGGUCUGCCAUGUGAUGACACGUGGAUGGACGAGGUCGAGAAUCAUAUUAGACAGCAUAUACUCGGUUAG